AACUCCUCACAUCCUCACACACACCUAAGUACACACACAACCAAUUUCAUACACACACACACUCAUAUACUAGCGCUACUGAGUUAGGCAGACCCAGAAAACCGGUCCGGUUCUAUAAACGCUCCCCGGACGGAUCCCCGACGAGGACAUUUUUAAUAUCUAAUCACUUGGAUUUUUUCUCUGUAAAUGUAUCUGCGCUCUAGUGUGAUCCGUUAUUUUGUAAAUGCCAUAUAACCUCGUUGAAUGGGAAUCAGAAAGGCGUCAGCGGCUCUCCUCCCAUCCAGACCAGCACGUGCGUCUUUUCCCUGCUGAAAUUUGCGCACCGGAGACCGGACCCGGUGUCAGCACUCAGCCGGGCCGGGCGCGCGUCGUCUGGGAGGAGUAGUCGGGAUGGAUUCUUUUUUCACAGAGGGAGCUCGUGUUUGGGUCAGAGAGAAGGAGCAGCUACUUCCCGCUACUGUCAACUCCUGUGGAGAUGGAACGCUCGUGGUCACAACCGACUAUGGAGAGGUGUUGUACCUGCAGCAGGCCGAGGUCACCAGGGAGCGAGUGAGCGUCAUGCACCAGUCCAGUAUCGAUGGGGUGGAGGAUAUGUCAGCGCUGGCAGAUCUGCACGAGGCUGCUAUCAUGCACAAUCUUUACCAGCGCUACCAGAACGACAACAUUUAUACCAACAUCGGGAGCAUCUUGGCAGCUGUCAACCCCUACAAGCAGAUCUCAGGUCUGUAUGACCUGGAGAGGGUGGACCUGUACUCUAAGCACCAUCUAGGGGAACUCCCGCCACACAUUUUUGCUGUAGCCAAUGAGUGUUAUCGCUGCAUCUGGAAACGCCACGACAGCCAGUGUGUCCUCAUCAGCGGGGAAUCAGGGGCAGGAAAGACGGAGAGCACCAAGCUGCUGUUGCAGUUUCUGUCGGUGAUGAGCCAGAGCUCAGUCGGGACUCCUCCAUCAGAGAGGAGCACACGGGUGGAGCAGGCCAUUGUGCAGAGCAGUCCGAUCAUGGAGGCGUUUGGCAACGCCAAAACGGUUUACAACAACAACUCCAGUCGUUUUGGGAAAUUUAUCCAGCUUCACUUUUCUGAGUGUGGAAAUAUCCAAGGAGGCUGCGUCGUUGAUUACCUACUGGAGAAGAAUCGUGUGGUUCGACAAAACCCCGGAGAGAGAAACUAUCACAUCUUCUAUGCUCUGCUGGCAGGAGCCAGUAAAGAAAAUAAAAGCCUUUACUUCCUGGAGGAUCAUGUUGAAUCCUACCACUACCUCAGCCAAUCAGGAUGCCUGAAGGACAAGAGCCUGAAUGACAAAGAGCUCUAUAACAGUGUUAUGGAGGCGCUGAAGGUUUUAGAGUUUACGGAUGAGGAGAUCAGAGACAUGUUUAAGCUGCUGUCAGGGGUUUUACAGCUCGGCAACCUUGAGUUCAUGACUGCGGGGGGAGCCCAGAUCACUACUAAGCAAGUGGUCACUGAUGCCAGUGAGCUGUUGGGUCUGGAUGCCUUCCAGCUAUCUGAGGUCCUGACUCAGCGCUCCAUAAUCCUCAGAGGAGAGGAAAUCUGUUCUCCUCUCACUAUCGAGCAGGCUGUUGAUUCCCGGGACUCAGUUGCCAUGGCGUUAUAUUCCCAGUGCUUCUCCUGGAUUAUCCUCAAGAUUAAUCAGAAGAUCAAAGGAAAAGAAAAUUUUAAAUCCAUAGGCAUCCUCGAUAUAUUUGGUUUUGAGAACUUUGAGGUGAAUCGAUUCGAGCAGUUCAACAUUAACUAUGCCAACGAGAAGCUUCAGGAGUAUUUUAACAAGCACAUCUUCUCUCUGGAGCAGCUGGAGUACAACAGGGAAGGUGUCCAGUGGGAUGCCAUCGACUGGAUGGACAACGCAGAGUGUCUUGACCUCAUAGAGAAGAAACUAGGUUUGUUGGCGCUAGUGAAUGAAGAGAGCCGGUUCCCCAAAGGGACAGAUUUCACUCUGCUAGAAAAGCUGCACAGCAGACAUUCUACAAACCCUUACUACGUGAAGCCCAGAGUUGUAGACCACCAGUUUGGGAUCAAGCACUAUGCUGGAGAGGUCUUGUAUGAUGCCAGAGGAAUCCUGGAGAAGAACCGAGACACUUUCAGAGAUGACAUCCUGAACAUGCUUAAAGACAGCAGACUGGACUUUAUCUAUGACUUGUUUGAGAAGGUCGGCAGCAGAAAUAACGAGGAGAAAAUGGGAACAGCCAGGCGCAAACCCACAGUCAGCUCCCAGUUCAGGGACUCCCUCCAUGCUCUUAUGGCCACUCUCAGUGUUUCCAAUCCGUUCUUUAUCCGUUGCAUCAAGCCAAACAUGGAAAAGAAUCCACAUGUGUUUGCCCCAGAUAUCGUCCUGAACCAGCUGAGAUAUUCAGGGAUGUUGGAGACAGUGAAGAUCCGACGUGCUGGGUUCCCCGUUCGCAGAACGUUUAAAGAUUUCUUUUCACGAUAUAAGAUCAUUUUGAAAGAUAAAAUACCAACAGCAGGCGAUGACAAGAAGAAAACUACAGAUCUCUUGCUCAAAUAUGAUAAAACCAAGAAGGAGUGGCAGUUGGGUAAGACCAAGGUGUUUAUGAAAGAGUCUUUGGAGCAGCGAUUGGAGAAGGACAGGGAUGAGGUCCGCCGCCAAGCUGCCAUGAUAAUCCGAGCCCACCUACUGACUUUCUCUGCAAAGAAGCAUUUCAAGCUGGUUCGCACCAGCGUCGUCACCCUGCAGAAACACCUCCGGAGGCACAUCCAACGCAAACGCUUCGUGAAGCAACGCAGAGCCACGCUGGUGCUCCAGAGACACAGACGAGGUCAGGUCGCCCGCACCCACGUUCGCAAACUCAAAGAAGAGAAGAAGAAAAGGGAGGAUGAGCAAAGAAGAAAGGAGGAAGAAGAGAAGGAAAAGUCGGGUGAAGAGGAGAAAGAGGAGUCAAAUGAGGAUGAGAAGAAAGGGAAAUCUUCAGAGGAGGAAGCUCGCCAAAUGGAGGAGAUCCUAGAGCUUGAAAGGGAGAUUGAACGCUUGCAAAAGAAACGAGAAGAUGAGGUGUCCCAGCUCUGUGAGUCGUCUAAGCAGGAGCUGCAGCUGCGCCGGGAUGCUGAACUCAAGAGGAUGAAAAAGGAGGCGUCCCGCAAGGCAACCGAGCUGAUCGACCUCCUGAACUUUAGGGGAGUGGAUCCCUCUCUGGAAGCUGCAGUAGAGGUAAAAGCCGCAAAAGGGGCGAGCACCACCAGAGGAGCGUCUAAAGAGGACGACGUAGACGAAGGCUUCCACGCUGAGGAGGAGUGCAUCCCUCUGCCAGACUUCCCUCCUCCUGCGGAGUCAGAUGCUCCCAUUGAUCAGGAUAUAUUUGCUCAGCUCCCUCCUCCUCCACCUGCUUUUGCAGAGGGAACAGUCCCCCCGCCGCCACCUCCUCCACCCCUGCCCGUCGACGGGACUCUUGCUGACGGAAUUCCUCCGCCUCCUCCUCUUCCUCCACCUGGAGAUGGGACCGGUGUCCCCCCACCUCCUCCUCCACCACCACCUCCACCUCCCCCAGGCGAGGGAGUGAAGAAUGAGCAAGCCAAAGCAGAGUCAGAGAGGAAAGUGAGCAUGGUGGAGAGCCUGGUGGAUGGGGAGGAGCCCAUCUACAGCAUGCCGGCCGACACGGAGUCAGACUACGACCAGGAAGAGGAGGACGGGUCCGUCACCGCCGGAGAUGACAGCUCCGUGUCUGGAAGCAACCGUGGGAGCACCGCUGUGACAGAUGAGGAGCAUCCGAGGAAGUCGACUUGCACCAACGCCAGCAUCGAGUCCUACAGAGGCAGCUCUGACUCUUACGCAGACAGCGAUGAUGAACACAAUGGUAUGAUGGACACUGAUGAAGAGGUGACGAACGGUAGAGUGACGUUACUUAACGGAAACGCUCCACCGUACUUCCAUGGCUACCUCUACAUGAAAGCUGGUCUGAUGAUCCCGUGGAGGAGACGGUGGUGUGUGCUGAAAGAUGAGACCUUCAUGUGGUUCCGGUCCAAACAAGAGUCUCUAAAGUCCGGAUGGCUGUACAAGAAAGGAGGAGGCCUUUCUACUCUCUCACGGAGGUUGAACUGGAAGAUGCGCUGGUUUGUUCUGAGAGACAGCAAGCUGAUGUACUACGAUAACGACAGCGAGGAGAAGCUGAAGGGAACCAUCGACAUCAAAGCAGCCAAGGAGAUAGUGGAUAAUCACGAAAAAGAGAAUGCUCUAAACAUUGUGACAGAUGAGAAGACUUACCAGGUGUUUGCUGAGUCACCAGAAGAUGCAAGUGGCUGGUUCAAUGUGCUCAGUAAAGUGAGAGUGUGCACUCCUGAGCAGCUGCUCGACAUGUCUCAUGAGCAGGCCAACCCCAAAAAUGCUGUUGGGACUCUUGAUGUGGGAUUGAUUGACUCUGUUUGUGCGUCAGACAACCCUGAUCGCCCAAACUCUUUUGUCAUCAUUACGGCGAACCGAGUGAUCCACUGCAACAGUGACACGCCGGAGGAGAUGCAUCACUGGAUCAGUCUGCUGCAGAAACCCAAAGGAGAUGCCAGGAUAGAUGGACAGGAGUUUCUGGCCAGAGGAUGGCUGCACAAAGAAAUGAAGACAAACUCAAAGAGCACCUCCCUAAAGCUGAAGAAACGCUGGUUUGUUUUGACCAACAACUCCCUGGAUUACUACAAGAACUCAGAGAAAAACUCCUCCAAGAUGGGAACCCUGGUACUCAACUCCCUCUGCUCGGUCAUCCAGCCCGAUGAACGGGUGCACAGAGAGACAGGCUACUGGAACAUCAUUGUGUAUGGAAGGAAGCAUUCCUAUCGCCUGUAUACUAAGAUGCUGAAUGAAGCCAUGAGAUGGACAGCUGCAAUACUGGGAGUGGUAGAAAGCAAAACACCGAUCGAAACUCCAACUCUGCAGCUCAUCAGAGACAUCAAGGAGCAUAGCGUGAACCCAGAAAUAGUGGAGCAGAUGUACAGGAGGAACCCCAUCCUCAGAUACACUCAGCAUCCUCUACACGCCCCUCUGCUGCCGCUUCCUUAUGGAGAGGUCACCAGCUCAGUGCAAAGGCAGCAGGGAUAUGCAAGCCUGCAGGAUGAAGCGGUGAGAGUUUUCAACUCCCUGCAGGAGAUGGAGACGCUGGCUGACACAGUUCCCAUCAUUCAGGGCAUCCUGCAGACCUGCCAGGACCUACGUCCUCUCAGGGAUGAGGUGUAUUGUCAGGUGAUCAAGCAGACCAAUCACGUGCCUCAGCCAAACAGCCCAGCCAAUCGAGCCCACUGGCACCUGCUCACCUGCAUGAGCUGCACUUUCCUACCAAGUCGAGCCAUCCUCAGAUACCUCCGCUUCCACCUCAAAAGGAUACGAGAGCGCUAUCCCAGCACAGAGAUCGAGCGGUACGCAAGUUUCAUUGGGGAAUCCCUGAAGAAGACCAAGACUCGUGAGUUUGUCCCAUCUCAGGAGGAGAUUGCUGCCCUGCUGCUGAGACAGGAAAUGAGCACCACUGUGUAUUGCCACGGAGGAGGUUCCUGCAAGAUCUCCAUCAACUCACACACCACAGCUGGAGAGGUUGUAGAGAAACUGAUCCGAGGUCUGGCCAUGGAGGACAGCAAGAAUCUGUUUUCUCUGUUUGAACACAACGGCUUUACAGACCGAGCUCUUGAGAGCAGGGUGAUUGUUGCUGAUGUUCUGGCCAAGUUCGAGAGACUGGCAGGAAGUGAAGAGGAGGAAGAGGAGGGAGAGUGGAAACUGUAUUUCAAGCUGUACUGCUUCUUGGAUGUAGAGAGCAUGCCUAAAGAGGGAGUGGAGUUUGCAUUCAUGUUUGAACAGGCCCAUGAAUCUUUGAUAAGUGGUCACUUCCCAGCUUCUGAGGAGACUUUGCAGCACCUAGCAGCUUUACGACUCCAGUACCUCCACGGUGAUGGAGCAGGUCGGGCUGGGUGGAGCCUGGGAAGCGUCUAUCCCAUUGGACGACUUCGCAGUCGCAUCAUGCAGUCCACCAAGCCAGGCGUGGGCGCAGCAGGUGGAGCUGGAUCCAGGGGAAGUGGGGGAAUAGGAGAUGUGAUCAGCUCAAUAGGAGGGCAGGGUGGUGUCGGGACGGGCUCGGAGAAACGAAAGACUCCCACGUUCAGGGAUUCCUCACUCAAGAGGACAAAAACGGGUUCACUAAAAAAGCAGAAGGUGGAGGGGGAGCAGAGGCUUGAGAUGUGGGUGAAGGAGGAGACAUCUGCGACUCGUACUAGCAUUCUGGAGAAGUGGGCCCGUCUGCAGGGCGUGCCGCAGCACCAGGCCAUGCUCAAGUACAUGAGCAUCAUCAAGGAGUGGCCUGGAUAUGGAUCUACUCUGUUCGAUGUAGAGUGUAAAGAAGGAGGCUUCCCUCAUGAUCUGUGGCUGGGUGUGAGUGCCGACAAUGUUUCAGUCUACAAACGAGGCGAACCCAAACCGCUGGAGACCUUCCAGUACGAACACAUCACCUUCUUUGGUGCUUCCCAACCCUGCACCUAUAAGAUCAUCGUGGAUGAGAGGGACAUGUUCUUUGAAACCCCACAGGUUGGAGAGAUUGCCAAAAUCAUGAAGGCCUACAUCAACAUGAUGGUGAAGAAACGUUGCAGCAUCAUGUCUGUGACUAGCGUGGCUAGCUCCUGGAUCAGGUGAUUGCUAAAUGCUCCAUCCAUCCAUCCAUCCAGCAGCAGCAGACCUCUCAGCCAGCCAUGUUGGCUGAUGUUGAUAAGAGCAUUGAACUAGCUAAUCCUCCAACCCAAUCCAGAAGGGUAAAUAAGCAAAAGGAGGAGAUGUGGACACUGAUGCCAAACCGAAACUAAACCGGGUUCACUGGGGAUUUAAAACGAGCAUGAUACAGAAACCAACAUGUAUUUUAGGGCUUUUGAAACAAAUACACCCCUCCUCUUGGCCCCGCCCACCAGUUGUAGUAAUGCAUGUAGAUGAAGCACACUCCAAAUUUCUCUGUUUUCAAUAAUACCAAGCACAACCCAAGCUCCGGCUCUCGGCCCAUCCCGGAUGGCUCCUGUACGACCCCUGUGCACUGCCAGACAGAAGUGAGCCACACUUUGUUUAACCUCUCAUUUCACUCAUUCUCUUCACAUCUCUUCAUUUCUGGUUGCAUCUCAUUUCUGUUGCUGUUAAGUUCUAAAGUUACACACUGUCUUGAUGUUGUUCUCAACUUCCCGUCUGUAACAUCAAAAGGAGUCCACACAGCAACUGUUCUUCUAGUGUCACCGUCUCCCCUGAACCACAGUGUUCACUUGCUCACUCGUCUCAGUGCCACCGUGUGGCCAAAAGAAAGAAACACAGACAAAUUAAGUUAAUUUUGGUAUUCCUUGAUAAUAAAUGAGGAUGGAAAAGAAAGAAGUAGUCUUGUUUAUGUCUAAAUAGAGCAUAAAUCUGUACAGUCAUAAAUAUGUACACAAACAUGUACUGUAUUACGAACACAACAGGAAAACUUUUCAUUUGUUUUAGGUUGUCGCUGCACUGUAAAGCCUAUAAAUGCCAUAUUUAACACAAUGUGACACCUGUCAUGUGGCUAACACACAGCUGAAUUGUGUUGAAGGUGUGUGACUCACAGACUCACUGCUGUCGUGGUCAUGUUUUCACUGUGUUUUAAGACUUUAGGAGCCACGCUCCAGCGCUACUCGGAGCCAUGAAACGUUGUAGAUCUUUGUCUGCUUAUUUUAUUUUAUUCAUUCUACUCCAGAAGAUCAGAAGACAUGGAGAAAACACACACACACACACACACACACACACACACACACACACACACAAGCUGUGGUUCAUCUGUUUCCAGCCUGUUUAUGAACUUUACUGAUAAUUACUGUAUGCCCUCCCCCACGCCCCACUAUUUUAGCUGUCCUUAAAUGUGAUGUUGGAUGUGUGUGUGAGUGUAUUCAUGGUUUUAUGCAAACAGUUGGAAAAUGGAAAAGAGUUUAAUGUGGAUUUACUGAGUGUAUUCGUUGGAAAUAAGAUGUAUUUAUGAGUAUGUGUUGCAAGGAACGGUGUUGUAGUUGUGAGUUACAAAGGAAACGCAUGGUAUUCAAGGGAGGGCUGUGGGUGGUUUAUUACUAAUUGUACUGUAUGUUUAAAUAUUCGGCUGGAUUAAGAAUAUACGGGAUUAUUACUGUUUCAGUGGAAGAGGAACUGUUUAAAGGAUAUUGUGUGGAUAUGAAGGUUUUUGGAUCAGAGAGAAACCCCUCUCACUGACUCCAGUGGACUCGAGACAAAGUUCUGUCCUCGUACAGUUUUCUUGUUUCUGCUUUUCUUUGUGAGGUCAUGCUUAAAUGUCUCAGAUCAGCAAGCAAAUACCAAUAUCAGACAAACAUGGCCUGAGUAAACCUAAAGUACAGUUUUUCACUGAUUUGAAAAAGAUAUCAAUCCAACCCUGGCCCUUUGUGAAAGAGUAAUGAGAGACAAGUGAAAUUACCUGAAACAAAUAACCAUUAAAGCAGCAAUAACAGUCCCAGACCAUCACACUUCCGCCACCAUGCUUAACUGUUGAUAAAAAUGUUUUAGUGUUAACUUUGUGCCUGAUGUUACGGGACACACACCUUCUAGAAAGUCACCCUUUCGUUUCAUUGGUCCAAAGAAUAAUUUCCCAGGAGUCUUUUGAUUCAUCAAGAUGUUCUUUGGUAAAGUGAGACACGAACCAAGAGAGCAACAGGCGGAUUGGUGCUGCGUCUGCAGUGAUGCGGGCGUUGUACCGGUUUGUUGUGGUGAAGAGAGAGAUGAGCAGGAAGGCAAAGGUGGAUCUACGUUCCAACCCUCUCCUGUGGUCACGCGCUUUGGGCAGUGACCGAAAGAACAAGAUCACGGCUACAAGCGGCCGAAAUGAGUUUCCUCCACAGGUGUCUUGGCUCUCCCUUAGAGAUUGAGUGAGAAGCUCGAUCAUCCGGGAGGGGCUUGGAGUAGAUCCACUGCUCUUCCACAUUGAGACGAGCCAGUUGAGGUGGCUCAGGCAUCUAGUCAGGAUGCCUCCUGGAACCCUCCCUGAUGAGGUUUUCCGUGCACGCCAGCGUCAUGACCCCCGAUAAGCAGAAAAUAAUGGCAGAAAUUUGAAAGAAAUUACUAAAGAUUGUGUUUAAUCACAAGUAAUUCAUGGUUGAAGAAUGAGAUGUGAUUAGUUUGGUAAAAAUAUUUUACUUUCAAUACUCUUAAAUUUGGUAUUUACUCUGGUUAUUGUUGUCUGACAUAUUUAUUUAUUUAUUUAUUUUGCUGAUCUGAAACCUUUAAAUGUGAAGAAAAAGAAAAAUGAGAAUAAAUCUAUACUGGAGUAAAGAGCACCAUAUGAAUAUCACACAGACAGCACCUCUACAGAGUUUAAACAAAGACUUUAUGUUUUAAAUCCACUGGAGAUGGUGAGACAACACAGGAACAUUCAUUGUGACGUGAAAAAAUGCUUUAUGGUUUUGAUUUAACAUAUGUUCUUAAGCUCUAUGGCAAUAACAUAUUUGAUUUUAGAUAUUUAAGAGAAGUAUAAGUAUUUAAGGAACAUUUUACUGUUUUAUUUAAGUAUGACAGAUUGUAAAGGGCUGUAGAUUUUAGAGAUACUGAGGUUGUAAAUCAAAAGUGCAUGCACGCACGCAUACACACACACACACACACACACAUUUUACAUACAUUUAUUAUGCCAGACCUGAAUUAAAUUACAGAUGUGUCAUCUAAAACUACAGAAUUUAGUCUAAACUAUUUGCCGUGUGUAUGUGCUUUUACAAUUCUAGAGAGAAAGCACUCCUAUAACCUCAGUAUUCUAACCAUAAAAGCCUUGACUCACACACACAGCCCACUGUGAUCCUGAAUAAUCCAAUUUCGCUCAAAAUUCAGGUUAGAAAUUGUGGCUAAUAAAAGUUAACAAAAAGCCAUGAAAACUGGGCGGUCUGGACGGGUAUGUACAUUAUUUUAUGUCUGAAGAAUCCCCCGUAGCUGCUGGAAGGUGAUCAGGCUGGAAGUGAUUUAGGACCCUGAAGUAUCUGAUCACUUAUCUGUUUUCAUCAUGAGGGCUCCUGUUAUCAGCCGCAGGCGGCCAAAGUGGGGCCCGUUCUUAUGUUCUGCUUAUUCUUCAGUAACAGUAAACCAUUGUGUUUGUUAGGGGACAAAAUAGAGGGAGAGAGACGUGUUCUUUUUUUUAUCUGUAACUGGCUUUACAAAAUUAUGCUUUAAUAAAUUAUUGGAAAUUC